AUGUUAAUCAUUUCAACGUUACCAUACCUUGACUCCGCCCUCGACCUUAUCACCUUACUCUUCAUUUUCACCCUCCUCCUCCUCUCCCUCCUCUCUCUUUGCUUCAUCUUCCACCUCUGCUUCAAGUCCCGGACCGCCCACCACCUCCAGCACUUCAACUCUCUCUGGACCGUCCGAUUCCUCCUCGUCAUCUUCGUCAUCUUCUGGUCCUUCAACGAGCUCAUCCGCCUCCCUUCCUUCCGCCGCAGCUAUCUCUACGGCCCCUUUCCCUUCCUCUCAACCUUCUUCAAGGUCGACGGGUACAAAGAAGAAGCCCAGUUUUGCAAGGUACACGUGAGCGCCUCGCUAGGGUUCUUCCAGCCAGCUUUCUUAGGUACUCUGCUCUUUCUUGUUGAUGUUUCGAUCAAGAAGAAGACUCCAAAUGUCUCAUGGGCCAUCAUCUUCGUGCUGUCAACAUGUGUGCCAUUGCUAUUGGUCCAGAUAUUCUUCUUGUUCUCGCCGAUAGAUAAGAUGCUUUUACCGCUGCCGGCUUGUUUUACCCAGAGCUCUAUGGUGAAAAUCGACAAGUUUGGUAACAAGGUUGUGCUGUGCAAGUACCCUUUGUUGAGCACUGUGAUAUUUGGCGCCUUUGCGGUUACAUAUUUCAUGUGGUUCUUGUUCUCAUUAUGGAAGGUGCUGGCUUUGGUGAUAAACAAGGGAUUGAGGAUGCGGAUUUACGCACUUGCAGUGACUGUGUUGGUGCCGUUGCCGGUGCAGGUCAUUCUGCUGGCUGUGUCGGUCGUGUGGAAGCCGGACGAUUCGGAUUUUGCGGUCAUUUCAUUCGUGGUGUUUUUGAUCACGUUCUUCAGCUUCGCCGUGGGGCAGGGCAUUUUGGUGAUUAAACCCAUUGCCGACUCCUUGGCAGCCGGAGGUCCAUGUUGCCGUUGGAAUCCUCACGAGGAGGCGGACGGAAAAAAUAAUGACGGGAAAAAUGAUGAAGAGAAAAAUGAAAGCGUGGUCUGA